GUGACGGAGGAGGCAGGUCUUACUGCUGCUCACUGGGCGGUGAACGUCGGCAACUUCGACCUGCUCCAUAUGCUCGUGAAGAAGCACGGAGCAGACGUAAACGCGAUUGACAAGGAAGGGCAGACUCCGCUACAUCUCGCAGCAUCUCUAGGGAGUCCUCAGAUGGUGUAUCAGAUCAUCACUGAGCUCAACGCGAGCCUCCUCGUCCUUGACAUCGCUGACUACAACGCCUCCGAC